AUGGCAAAAUCCGGUGGAUCCGCUUUAAAACGACUUAAGUCGACGUUAAAAGGAGCUGAGGUAAUUGGCCAUGGCUCUCGCUCGAGCAUGAGUAAAAAACAGAGAAGAAAAGGAAAACCCAAGGGAGAUAACAAGAAUAAUGUUAACGGCAAACUAGGAUUCUUAAAGAAUCAAAUCAAUCCCUUCGAACUAAAGGUUACCAAAACUAAACAUAACGUAAUAGGCAAAAAAGUGAAGGGUACCCAAGGUAGACCAGGUCUGAAAAGACAAAUGGGUAUAGAAAAACGGAAGAAAACGUUGCUUAUUGAAAUGGAGAAUCGGAACAAAGUAGGCGGAUUAAUUGAUAAGCGAUUUGGUGAAGAUGAUCCAACUUUAUCACUGGAGGAAAAAAUGCUGGAGAGAUUCGUAAAAGAAAAAAAACAGAGGCAUUCAAAAUCAACAAUAUUUAAUCUUGAAGAUGAUGAUUUAACGCAUUAUGGCCAGUCCCUGUCUUUAAUCGAUGAUUUCGAUGAACCUGAUUUAUUAUUAAACGAUGAAGAUGAUACAGGCACAAUUGACCAUGACACUGUCGACAAAAGUCAUUUUGGCGGGUUUGAAGACGAACAAAAUGAUGAUGAAUCAGAACCUAAAAAAAAAUCUAAAGCUGAAGUCAUGAAAGAAGUUAUGGCAAAGAGCAAAAUGUACAAGCAUGAACGCCAACUUGAAAAAGAUGAAGACGAACGCAUGCGCAAUGAAUUGGAUAAUGAUUUAGAUGAAAUUAGAAAUCUCAUCUCCCUACCAAAGCCAAGAGCCGAACCAUUACCUACUCAAGAAGCUGCAUUUCGAAAUAAAUCAAACGAAUCGGCGACAGAGAUAAACCCUAAGACUUCUGACAAGGAUGACACGUAUGAUAGAUACGUACGGGAGUUAGCACUUGACAGACGUACAAGGCCUACUGACAGAACAAAGUCGGGGGAAGAAAUAGCUCUUGAGGAAAAAGAAAAACUUGAAAAAUUAGAAAUGGCGCAGAAACGGCGCAUGGAAGGAUUGGAUCCAGAGCCUGAUGAUGACUCUGUCAAGAGCAAAAAACAAAAGCAAGCUUCUACGACGGAUUAUGUGGAUGAUUAUGUAUCCGAAGAGGAGGAAGAAGAAGAUAAUCUUUAUGAUCUUGAUAAAGGAAUUAAUUUGAAAGAUGAUAUGAUAAUUGAAAAAACACAAGACGAAGAUAUUGGUGAUGAUUAUCGUUCAGAUCUUGAUUUGGCGGUACUUAUGGAUUAUGCUCUAUGUCACGCGCAAGAAAAUCCUGUUCCGAUGCACCUUAUCAAUAAACUUGUUGGUCGUAUUUUUGACCUCGCACAAAAAGAUCCAGAAAGCGCUACAGAGUACUUUGUGUCUAAGGUUGUUGCCAUGGAAAAUAGCUUGAAAAAAAAAUUAUCUUCUUCCAAACUAAAAAAUUCAAAGUCAAUGUUUCCCACCAUAUCUGAAUUUAUCUUAUUAAGGAUAAUAUCCCAAAUUUUCCCAACAUCGGAUUUUCGUCAUCCAGUAGUUACCCCUGCUUUGUUAUUGAUGGCACAAUACCUAUCACAAUGCCCUUUUUCAAAUGGUUUAGAUUUAGUGUCUGGUUUAUUUUUAUGUAAUUUAAUGCAUGAGUAUCAAAUUUUGUCAAAACGUAUAAUUCCUGAAGCUCUCAAUUUCCUUUUUAUUGCCCUUGUACACCUUGCGCCGCAAGACACAUUUAAUUCUGUGGAAUCAAUUCCUGGAAUAUUUCCAUUUUCUGGAAAAUUUGUUCCCAAUCUUCAAAUAAAAAAUACAGUUCAUGUCGAUGAUGCUAGUCCCUUGGAUUUUUCACGAUUGUUGGGUGUGGUGAACCAAAAUGAAAACAAUCGUUUAGAUGUGUUUGAUGAUGAUGUAUUUCGCUCUGCACCUGCAUUUCCAGAGCUUUUUAGCCCCGCAUCAAAAAUUAUCGGUGCUUAUCCACUAGAUAAAUUUUCCAGCGCAAUUAAGAUGAAAAUAGCUUCAACCCAAGAGACUUUGGAACGAUUACAAAAGUUUUCUAAAAAAAGCCGUAAACCCUUGGAAUUGCAACAUCAUCGUCCUAUUCCACUUCCCACUUAUACUCCCAAAUUUCAAGAAAACUUUUCUAUUGAUAAGCAUUAUGAUCCAGAUAAAGAACGAGCGAAUUUAAAUAAACUCAAGGCACAAUAUAAGAAGGAGCGUAAAGGGGCUAUACGAGAAUUACGGAAAGAUAGUAUAUAUAUUGCACAUCAUAAUCUUAAAAAGGUUAAAGAAAAAGAUACAAUAUACCGAAAGAGAAUUAAUAGUAUUAUGGGCAUCCUUGAAACUGAACAAGGAGAGAAGAAGGCUUAUGAAAAAGCCAAGAAGUAUGUCAAAAAAAAGAAUACCCACACUUACAAGUUCCUCGACGGUGAAGUUGAAGAAUGCGAGGAAUUCGAACUUAUCGGUGAAGAUCCUGUGGCUUUGCAAAAUCCUGAGGAAGCUGGGAACGACAAAAAUACAUUACCGUGUCGUCUUCUCGAAGACUUUAUCAUAUUUGACGCGAACAAACAAAAUCAAGUUAUCAGUCUCGACGAAAUAGAUGUUGAAGGAAGAGAACUUCAUGCUGCGGGAAUUGUCAAACCAAUGUUCAUAGAGUAUUCCCAAAAUGGACAAAGCGAAAUUUGGUUGCGAACUCAAUAUGGCUUUUACAAGUUGCGGAAGGCUGCGCAAGAAUAUGUACAAUAUUUUACGCCUGUUUUUAAAAGAAUUCGUACCGCUAAUCUUGCAAUCGAAGCAAUUGCUAAAGAUCCUGAAGUAACAUAUGAAAAUAAUCAAGAGUAUAUUGUAGAUGAAAUUGAGACUUGGAUAGAUGAACAGGAAGCAUUUGGUGUUCUUGGAUGCCCCUUAAUCGCACGUCUUUCGGAACUAAGCAAGAAACGAGGUGGUAAAAGUGAUAAAAGUAAAAAGCCAAAGACAAAACAUUCAGGCGAUUCUAGUACUGUCAAAACAAAACGCAAUAUUAAUCCAAAUUUGGCUGUACUACGAAAUCGGAAUCCGACUUGUGUCACACCAUUUAUUCAUGACUUAACUAAGGGUCUCUUUUCUCGUCGACUUGUAACUGUAAAACAUACUAAUGACGAAGAAAUACUUACCGAAAAUUUACAAGGAAAUUCAUUAGAAAACGAAUUAAUCUCUAAGCCUGUUACUCAUCAUGUUGAAUGGAAUGGAAAGGCAAUUGCGUAUGAUAACAAUAUUUCGUACUACCGUUCAGCAAUAGUUGAUGAUGAUAUGAUUAACGUUGGUGAUGUUGUAUAUGUGAGAAAUGAUGAAUCGGAUAAGCCUUGGUUUGCCAAAGUUAUGUAUAUGUAUGACGACCCUAAAGAAGGCAAAAUGUUUCAUUCCAGAUUUUUUAGUCACGGGAGAGAUACUAUUCUAGAUGAGCUCGCAGGAGAGCGUGAACUCUUUCUCUUAGACAAUUGUGAUGAUAAUCACCUUGAUACUAUUAUGGGCAAAGUAAAUGUUAAAAGGCUUCAUCAUGAGGAGCGCGAGAAUUUCACCUUUGAUGAUUCUAGCUUUUAUUUUUAUCGAUUUUGGUAUGACGAAACUUACGCAUCCUUUGAGGAUGUAUAUUCACAUGAAGAUCCUACUAAAGAGUUUCUUUAUUGUGGUGACAAUGAACUAUGUUACUCAUGUGAAAAUAAACUCGCGAAAAAAGAAAAAGAGAAGGGCCCCAGAUGGAUUUCACAUGAUGAAAAUGAACGAGAAAGUUUUGAAUACAAAGGAAUUGAAUAUCAUCUUAAUGAUUUUGUAUAUAUUAUCCCGGAUAAAAAAGAAGACCCUUAUACUAUUGGUCAAAUAAUCGAAAUUCUGAAUAAAGGUGAAUCAAUGUCGCUAACAUCAGUAGGUGGGAUGAUGUCAUUAACAUCAGUAGGUGGGACCAAAAUUAUUGUAGUGCUGCGUCUGUUAGGUCGGUAUGAUGAUCUUACUAAGGAACAAAUAUCAUUUAAUGCAUCGGCAUCAUAUAGAGAUGUUAUCGAUAUAUCCAAAACUAUUAAAGAUUCUCGCCGUCUUUUCUUUACAAGAGAGACUGUUACAGAACGCGUAGAUCGUUUAGAGGGUGUGUGUUGGGUUGAUCAUAAAGACAAUGUAAACGAUCUAGAAGCGUAUAAGGAUGAAAAAGAUACUUAUUAUGUAGAUUUAAUCGCUCCGAAACGAUCAUCGAAGUUGGAAGAGAUGUGCUUGUUUGAAGCGAAUGAUAUUUUAAAAUGUUCAAUUUGUUUGGAAAAACGACGAAAACAACAAAACCUAUCUGUCGAAUUUUAUGACCAUAUAAAAAUGAACAAUCAAAAACUUCGUGCUAUGGAUAUAUUUUCUGGCUGUGGUGGUAUAACUGUGGGUAUGGAUCAAACUGGCGUGGUCGAUACAAAAUGGGCUAUCGAAUUUGAUUCUAGUGCAGCAAUAACUUUUGAAAAAAAUAAUCCAAAUGCUAUAGUAUAUAAUCAAUGUGCCAACCUUUUGUUGGAAAGGGCAAUUGCAGAACACGAUCGUCAAGAAACACUUAACGAUCUGAAAGACUUCUUAGGUCGCAAUGUUCAAAGUAUGCCAGCGCCUGGUGAUGUAGAUUUUAUAUACUGCGGACCUCCUUGUCAAGGAUUCAGUGGUGUAAAUCGCUAUCAAAAAGCCGAUGAUAUUAAAAACAGUCUAGUAGCAACAUCUUUGAGUUAUGUUGACUUUUAUAGACCUCAAUAUUUUCUUUUAGAAAAUGUGCGUGGAAUGCUUUGUUUCCGACUAGGAGGAGAACAGGAUGGAAUUAAGAUAAAAGGGGGUAUUAAGAUGGGUGUAAUAAAAUUUAUAUUGCGUUCACUGACGGCAAUGGGAUACCAAACACGAUUUGGUGUCCAGCAAGCGGGUCACCAUGGGGUUCCUCAAAGUCGUCGACGUCUAUUCAUAUGGGGUGCGAAACAAGGAUUAUAUCUUCCGGAUUUUCCACAACCCACAACUUGUUUCAGUAAACAAGGAUCAAUAAGUAUUUUGUUGCCAAAUGGAACUUCAUUUUCAUAUUGCAAACGCACAAACGGUCACGCACCAUUACCUGCAAUAUCUGUAUGUGAUGCCAUAAGUGAUUUGCCGGAAUUCGAAUUUGUCAAUCCUCAUUUAGUUUAUCCCGCUACUGAAGAAGAUAAAAAUGAGAAGCGACCUUUCAGACAAAUCAUAGUCCCUGAAAGAGGAUGGGUAGGAGACAUGGUCACUAAAUAUGAAUCAAGGCCACUUUCAGAAUAUCAACGCCAAUGUCGUAAAGAUUCUGAAUAUCUACACAAUCAUGUAACACGCGCAUUUAACAGCUUAACUGUAGAACGUAUAAUUCGUAUACCAAUGUUUCCCGGCGCGGAUCAUAGCAAUCUACCCGAAAAACUAAAACCAUGGUGCUUGAGCGAUCCAAAUUCGGCAGCAAGUCGUCACAAUGGAUGGAAGGGAUUAUUUGGUCGUUUAGAUUUUAAUGGCCACUUUCUUACUGCCUUGACCGAUAUCAACCCUAUGGGUAAAACUGGUACGGUGAUCCACCCAAACCAACGACGAAUCAUAACAGUCCGUGAAUGUGCUCGUGCCCAAGGUUUUCCUGACAAAUUUGUCUUUUUAAGUGAUCGAGAUGAUGUCAAAGACAUGCAUAGGCAAAUAGGGAAUGCUGGUCGGAUACUAUUUAAUGAUAUGCAUCAACAACGUAACCAUCUCUGA